CCCCACGGCUUUAUAUAGCAGCAGUGGCCUGAAUAGGGACCCAGGUUUCGAAACAGCUGUAUGCUUCUGAGUUGGUCAGAGUGCGGCCGAAGCGACGCCGAAAACUGUUCGGAAAAGGAUCUUCUCUCGUCAACUGCAACAUCUAAUGUUUACAGCCAGCUUUUCGCAGACUGCAGACAGUAGAAUUGCGCGACCAUUUAUAAGACGUUUCAGCGCCUGUUGACUGAGGUGACUACUUUCCAUUCCAGUAUUUUGCAAACCGAUUGCCGAUGUGACGUCAUUGUAAACGCGAUCGCCCGUUCGCGGAAUUUAACCCCUUGUUGACGGCAGAGAGACGAGGCGGGUGUAAUGACGACUCGAGGGAAACGGGCAGCUGAGACACUGUAUGACAAGCCACUGUCCUCCAAAGGGAAGCUGGAAGUUAACCUCAGCACUUAUGCCUUUCUCUUCUCGGAGAUAGUGCAAUACAGCCAUGGAAGGGUCACCUCUCUCUCCCAGCUCCAUGAGAAGCUGAGUGAUCUGGGAAAACACGCUGGCUUCAGGAUGAUUGAUGUCCUGUGUCUCAGAGAAAAGACUCCCAAGAGGGAGACAAGACUCGUCAACCACCUCCUCUACAUCCAGAAGACCCUUUGGAAGACACUGUUCUACAAGGAAGCUGAUCGACUUGAGCAAGCCACUGCCAGUGAAUCAACCUUCUAUCUGUUCGAAGAUGACCCUGUCGUCAACAGGUUCAUUUCGGUGCCAAAGGAUCAAAGCAGUCUAAACUGUGCAGCCUUUGUGGCUGGUAUCAUUGAAGGCUUCUUGAAUGGGACACAGUUUGUGAGUUACUCUCAGCACCAGCUCCAGAUAACCUACUGGUCUUUCCCCUAGCAUCUGCCCUUGUUUGAAACACUGAUGCCCUAUUCCACAGGCAGAUAGCUGAUCACACUAACAAAGCUGACAGUUUCCACAAGAAUAGCUCUUCACCCCUAAAUGAGGAGACCUGCCAAUUUCUUUCCUAUGGGUGCCUAGAUUAGCGCAUUCACACUGUAACAAUAUGCUAGGGAGACACAAUUAGUAAAGCUAACAGCCUCACUUACAGUUUCAGACGCUGAAAUAAUUGAGUGACCCUUCUUUUAUCUGUAAGGCCUGGGGCUACCUAAUGUCCGGAUGUUUACUCAAUGUAGCUGUAUAAUACUGCACGCAGGCUUGCAAGGUGAGGGCAUUUGCUCUGAAAGACCAGCCUUCUACCACAGCCUUUGAGAUAAAGUUUGAAGACUCUGUCAUAACUAGGGAUAAGAUGCUAGAAUCUGUCAAAUAACUGCCAGACUAGAGACUUUGUUCUUGUCCCUGCAUUUUUCAUCAGUAAAUUAAUUUUUUUCAAAGUUCCGAAUUCUGUACUGAAACUAUUGGGCAACAUAGAAAUGUUUUUUAGCAGUGCUGCUCUCUCGGGGCAAUGCUGUAUAUAUAUACGACUUUCCCGCACACUUUGCACAUGCAAACAA